CUUCCAUUUUGUUCCUGACUUUUUUCUUCCUUCAAACGACGGAUGCGCGCUCUCCGCGGCGCUCGAUAGCGAUCGAGAGAUCGACCGAUCACCGAUCCGCGCCUCGCAUCGACGAGGAGCAGCGCCGCGCGGCGACUUUCGUGCGUGAGCGAGUGCUGCGCGCGGGUUUGCAGAGCGCGCGCGCUCUCGCGCCAUUUUGUCCAGGGGAAGCGGCGGCGGCGGCGCGCGCGCAGGAUGAGUGACUGACGGACGGACGGCGGGACUGCUGCGCUGCGGAGCGCGCCGACGCUCACCGAGAGGCGCUGUUCUUUUCUCUACGAGGCUUCGCAUCGGACAUACUUUGGAAAGGGAUUCCUGAGGAAUUAUCGCUCGUUCUCCCGGAGGAUUUUCGUUCCUCUCGUCAGAAAGAGGCGCGCGCGACACGAUCUUCACCAAUGGUUGUGCAAGUUGAAGAUCAACUCUCAAACCAUCUCAAACAACGGCAAGACCCUGCUGAGACAUCAGGGCUGUUCUCACCUGGAAACCACUCGCGAGUCGCUUCAGUGGGCUGUGGUUUGCAGAUGGACUCCCCUGUCACAAUGAUAUGAGAUUUGUCAGAAGACGAUGCAUACAGGAGGAGAGACCUCAGCAUGCAAACCCUCCUCUGUUCGGCUGGCCCCCUCGUUUUCUUUCCAUUCGGCUGGUGUGCAGAUGGAUGCGCAGACGCCCCAUUCUCACCCGCCGUUCAGUGAUGGUCACCCGCAGAGCGCCGCUGACCAAUCAGCCGCUGCGCUGCCGUACAACUCGCAGGCCCCGCAGGUAACUGCUGAUAUGGUGAUGCUUCAGAGGCGGAUGCCUCAGUGUUUCCGGGAUCCAGCGACUGCGCCCUUAAGAAAACUCUCCAUCGAACUGAUCAAAACAUACAAACACAUCAAUGAGGUUUACUAUGCAAAAAAGAAGCGUCGUCACCAACAGGGUCAGGGCGAGGACUCCAGUAACAAGAAGGAGAGGAAGAUUUACAACGACGGUUAUGACGAUGACAACUUUGACUACAUCGUUAAAAAUGGCGAGAAAUGGAUGGACAGAUAUGAGAUCGAUUCUUUAAUAGGCAAAGGCUCGUUCGGUCAGGUGGUGAAGGCGUAUGACCGCGUGGAGCAGGAGUGGGUCGCCAUCAAGAUCAUCAAGAAUAAGAAGGCUUUUCUGAAUCAGGCCCAGAUUGAAGUCCGACUGCUGGAGCUCAUGAACAAACACGACACCGAGAUGAAGUACUACAUCGUUCAUCUGAAACGUCAUUUCAUGUUCCGGAACCACUUGUGUCUGGUCUUCGAGAUGUUGUCCUAUAACCUGUACGACCUGCUGAGGAACACGAAUUUCCGCGGCGUGUCUCUGAACCUGACGCGCAAGUUCGCUCAGCAGCUGUGCACCGCGCUGCUCUUCCUGGCCACGCCUGAGCUGAGCAUCAUCCACUGUGACCUCAAACCCGAGAACAUCCUGCUCUGCAACCCCAAGAGAUCCGCCAUCAAGAUCGUGGAUUUCGGAAGCUCCUGUCAACUGGGACAGCGGAUAUACCAGUACAUCCAGAGCCGUUUCUACCGCUCGCCCGAGGUGCUGCUGGGAAUGCCGUACGAUCUGGCUAUCGACAUGUGGUCUCUGGGCUGCAUCCUGGUGGAGAUGCACACCGGAGAGCCUCUGUUCAGUGGCGCUAAUGAGGUCGACCAAAUGAAUAAAAUCGUGGAGGUGUUGGGCGUCCCUCCCAAUCAUAUUCUGGAGCAGGCACCUAAAGCCAGGAAGUUCUUUGAGAAGAUGUCUGACAGCACGUGGUGUGUGAAGAAGACCAAAGAUGGCAAAAGGUAUAAACCCGCAGGCUCCCGGAAGCUUCACAGUAUUUUGGGCGUGGAGGCGGGCGGCCCCGGCGGGCGGAGAGCCGGCGAGUCGGGCCACGCCGUCGCAGACUACCUGAAGUUCAAAGACCUGAUCCUGCGGAUGCUGGACUACGACCCCAAGACCCGCAUCCAGCCGUAUUACGCGCUGCAGCACAGCUUCUUCAAGAAGACGGCGGACGAGGGCACCAACACCAGCAGCAGCGUGUCCACGAGCCCGGCGCUGGAGCAGUCGCAGUCGUCCGGAACCACGUCCAGCACCUCUUCCAGCUCAGGAGGAUCGUCUGGAACGAGCACCAGCGGUCGCGCCCGCUCCGACCCGACCCAUCAGCACCGGCACAGCGGAGGACAUUUCAGUGCCGCGGUGGGCAUGGACUGUCACAACCUCUGCCCGCAGGCGAGACAGGCGUUCGCGCCGGCGCUGGGUUGGGUGGGAGGAGACGGACUUCAGCAGGCGUCCGGAGAGACUCACCCCGUCCAAGAGACCACCUUCCACGUGCCGCCGCACCAGCCCAAGGCUCUGCACCCCCACGCGUCGUCGUCGUCGUCGUCCCACCACCACCACCAUCAUCACCACCACCACCACCACCCGCCGCAGCACGGCCAGGGCCCCGCCCGGCCCCGGCCCCGCCUCUACUCGCCCUCUCACAGCGCCUCCACGCAGGACUCAAUGGAGGUGACGCACGGCCACCUGUCCAUGACCUCGCUGUCUUCCUCCGCGUCGUCCUCGUCCACGUCCUCGUCGUCCACGGGGAACCAUCACUACGCCUACCAGAGCCGCCCGCUGCCGCACGGCCUGGGCUUCGGCCACAACGGCAGCAUGACUUUGGGACUGGGUGCCUUCUCCAACCCGCGGCAGGAGACGGGCGUGCCGGGUCACCCCUCGAACUCUGGGCCGGGCCACUACAUGGCCGAGACUCACAUGGGCCUGCGGCCGGGCAUGGAGCGCGAGGAGUCGCCCAUGGCGGGCGUGUGCGUGCAGCAGAGCUCGGUGGCCAGCUCCUGACCAGCCUAGGCCGAGAGCGCGGGAUCGGAGCGGAGCCGCCGGGACGGGACGGGGGACGGGACGGGACGGGACGGGAGAGCCGCCCGCGGACGCUUGACGCGAGGCCGUCCUCUCCUCUGACCUUUGCUUCUGUUCUCCG